AUGACUAGCCAAAUUCCAGUUCCAAUUGCCAUCAUUGGCAUUGCCUGUCGUCUUCCUGGAGGUGUUGGCAAUACAGAUGAUUUGUGGGAUCUCCUUGUUGAUGGACGAAGUGCUUGGUCUCCGGUUCCCACGGAAAGAUUCAAUGAGGAUGCUUUCUAUCAUCCAAACCCAGACAAUCCGGGUACUACAAAUCACCGUGGCGGUCAUUUCAUCACGCAGGAUAUAGCGGCUUUUGACGCUUCAUUCUUUGGAAUAUCACCUAUUGAAGCCUCUGCAAUGGAUCCACAGCAACGUAUCUUGCUAGAAACCACAUAUGAAGCAUUUGAGGAUGCGGGUAUCCCUUUUGAAAAUGUUCGUGGUUCCAACACUGGCGUUUUCGCUGCUAUGUUUACACGAGACUACGAUCGCAAUCUCAACAGAGAUCCUUUAGAUACACCCAAAUACCAUACGACCGGUACUGGUGAAGCGAUCAUUGCUAACCGGGUUUCAUAUACCUUUGAUUUCAAAGGGCCCUCGAUGACGUUAGACACCGGCUGUUCUGGAAGCAUGGUCGCUCUCCAUCAAGCAUGCCGUAGCUUACAGUUUGGAGAGUCUAAUAUGGCUUUGGCCUCGGGUGUUAAUCUCAUUUUAAAUCCUGAUCACAUGGUUGGAAUGAGCAAUCUACAUAUGCUAAAUGAUUCCGGGCGAUCAUUUUCUUUCGAUGAGAGGGGUUCAGGUUAUGGACGCGGAGAAGGGGUGGUAACGGUUCUAUUGAAACGUCUAGAUGAUGCUAUAAGUGCAGGCGAUAACAUUCGAUCUGUUAUCUGUAAUACCGCCGUCAACCAGGAUGGAAGAACCAAUGGAAUUACUUUGCCAAGUAGUCAAGCCCAGGAAAGUCUCAUUCGUCUUAUAUAUAAGAACAGCGGUCUUGAUCCUUGCAAGAUAGAUUAUGUAGAGGCACAUGGUACGGGCACGCUUGCAGGUGAUUUGGCUGAGAUUAAGACAAUCAAAAACGUGUUCUGCGGAGACAGUCGUACUACAGAUCUAUAUGUUGGCUCUAUUAAAUCAAGCAUUGGACACCUUGAAAGUUCUAGCGGUUUAGCGGGCUUGAUAAAAGCCGUUCUGUGUCUCGAAAGAGGAUUUAUUCUUCCGAAUUCCGACUUCACACAACCGAAGAAGGGACUUUUACUGGAUGAGAGCAGAAUUAAGUCUUUGUUUUCACUGGUCAAGGAGCUCAAUGGAUUGGAAUGGCGCAUUGCUCAACCUGCGAGCACAGCUUUGCAGAUUGCUCUUGUUGAUCUACUUUCCUCGCUUAAUGUUACUCCUCAAGUUGUUUUGGGGCAUUCAAGCGGAGAAAUAGCUGCAGCUUACAGUGCGGGGUUCAUUUCUCAAUCAGAAGCUCUAAAAAUUUCGUACCAUCGAAGUUUCAUUGGAGGUCUUUGCAAGAAGCUGAUUCCAAGUAAGGGUGCAAUGCUGUCAGCAGCCCUCAGUGAAGAACAAGUGUUACCACUACUUUCCUCUACACGGAAGGGUAAAGUAUCCUUGGCAUGUGUAAACAGUCCUUCAAGUACCACCCUUUCGGGAGAUGAAGAUGCUAUUUUGGAAGUACAGAGUAUGCUUAAUGAUCUGGGCGUCUUCAGCCGGAAAUUGAAAGUCGAUACUGCUUACCAUUCCCAUCAUAUGCAGAAGGUUUCCGAUAAAUAUUUAAGCUCUAUGGGCUCAAUAGACGUGCAUGACGGUAGCGAUGUUGAGUUCGUCUCCAGCGUUACUGCGAAGGGAAAGAAGACAGACUUUGGUUCUGAGUAUUGGGUACAGAAUCUUUUAUCCAAGGUCCGCUUCAGCGAUGCAUUGGAGCACUACUGCGCUACACAAAAUGUAGCUUAUGAGUUGCACGGCGCUUCUUCGAAUCAUAUCCUGGUGGAAAUAGGUCCUCAUAGUGUCUUGAAAAGUCCGAUACGACAAACUAUUACUUCAAAGUUCGAUCCGUUCAAAUAUCUCUAUCUUCCUUCCUUGGUAAGACAUAAAGACGCAACUUACAGUAUUCUGGAGCUCGUACGAAGCCUUUUUGAUCAGGGCUAUCCUGUCGAUGUUGAUGCAGCGAAUUCAAUGUGCAGACACAAGUUAAAAUCGCCUCGGUAUCUUCCAGGGUUGCCAACUUAUCCAUGGGAUCAUUCUACUAAGUAUUGGCACGAAUCUCGAUUGAGUAAACAACAUCGACUACGAGAACAUCCAUAUCACGAUCUUGUGGGGGCCGUCCGCAUGCUGAAGAUGAGCAAGUUGAAGGCUGUGGGUAGCGUAAAGAUUCCCGACGUCAAGUCAAUAAUGCCUAGCAACUACAUGCAGCCCCAUAUCAUUCACCCUACUACUCUCGAUGCACUCCUUCAUACAAGUCUGCCACUAUUCUCCAAUACAAUGGGUGCAGGCUCUGUGAUGCCGGUUUCUAUUGGCAAAAUCAGUCUUCGCGGAGAUAUGAACAACAAGCCAGAAGGGGAAUUAAAUUCGCACACAUUUCUCAUUCCGAAAGGUGCUAGAUCUGCAAUUGCAAAUUUACUUGUUCACGACGCGAAUGAUUCGGACAAUCAGCAUCCUGUUCUAGAAAUUUCUGAUUUGGAGAUACGCGGGCUUGGAGAGUCUCAAGUUUCCAAGUUGGAUUUGCCACGAAAAUUUACCUAUCAAGUGAAAUGGGCUCCUGAUAUCAAGCAUUUAUCUUCUCACAAGGAGUCCAUCUCUCUGAUUGAGUGCAUAAAUUGUCUACAUUUCAAAUAUUCAAGCUUGAAGAUUUUGCAGACAAAGUCGGACUCUGUGGAGAUUGCAAGUCUCAUUCUAUCAACAUUAGAAAGGUUCCAGAACAACGGUAUCGAAUUUUAUGAUUUUUCAGAUACUUCAGAUGCAAUGCUCAAGGAAAUCUCGAGAAAAUUUCCCCAGUGUGAUCAGGUUCUGCGAUCAAAAACAUUAGAUAUAGAUAGUGACUUUGAGGAGCAGAGCAUCAAACCAUCCACCUAUGAUUUGGUCAUCUUGGUAGCUGAUAAUAUGGAGCAUAUUUCGGACACUGCACUCUUGAAUACUCAGAAGCUUCUCAAUCCUGGUGGAUGGGUCAUGAUAUGGUCUGCAGCGUCCCAACCUUCGACAAAUGUAAUACAAGGUCGUCUGGCUCAAAGUUCCUUCGAUGGAGUGCAGCUUUUGGAUCAUGGUGAUGAAGUGAAGAGAAACAUAUUAAUCUCGAGGAAAGCUGUGCCUGACUCGCAAUCACUUACUCCUAUUCGGGUGAUUGGUAGAGACGGCACCGAGGACUUUGCCAAUCAGGUCUGCACAUCGUUACAAGAAAGUGGAUGUAGUGCUGAAUAUAUAGAGUGGGGUGCAGACCUUCUAGAGGAUGAUACAAUCCAUGUUAUAAUUGACAAUGGUCAAAAUCCUUUACUGGUCAAGCCAUCUCCACAACUUUUCCAGCAAUUUGUUGGUCUUGUGGGUGCAAAUAAAGCCAAUAUCCUGUGGAUCAGCGCUCACCAGGAUCCAUCAGCCGCGGAUAAUCCGGAGAAAGGUUUAAUCACUGGAUUCGUCCGGAGUGCUUCGGCAGAGAAUGCAGAUCUCAAUUGUAUCACCCUGGAUGUUCAAGACGCAAUUACCAGUCUUCCAUCUGAUCUUCUACGCACGAUAAAAACAAUUUUAAUAGAAUCCUUUUCGACUUCUUCUCCCAGAGGACUACUUAAUGAAAAGGAGUACGUGUAUCGAAAUGGAAAGCUGCUCAUUCCUCGUCUUAUACCAGACCACGGCGUCAAUAGUUGGAUAGCAAGAGCUACGGGGAAACCUACUGUCGAAACGAUUGCAUAUUCAACUUCUGGACAAAUGCUCAACCUCGAUUUAGAAACAGCAAACAUCGACGAAAAUCUAUAUUUUGUGGCUGAGGCAUUGUCUGAAGACCUUGCCUCGUCGGAAGUUCAGAUUGCUGUAAAGGCACAACAAAUGAGCCGAGCUGACAAUCUGGUCAAGCUUGCGAAUUCAUCGACAAAAGAAUUUCCUAAACACAUUCGUCAGUUUUCCGGAACUGUUAUUAGCACUGGAAACCGUUUAAAUAGCGGUCUGCGAGUCGGAGACCGUGUUUGUGGCUGGUCUUAUAAUACCAAAGCACAUUCGAGCCAUGUUCGAAUCGAGGAAAAGAAUGUUAUUCGCCUAUCAAGCGAUAUUUCCUUUCGUAUAGGCUCUACAAUCCCCUUCUCAUUCAUGACUGCAUAUCAUUCCUUAGUAGAGCUGGCCCGUUUAGAGAAAGAUCAAACCAUUUUGAUUCACGACGCCUCUACAGCUUUUGGACGAGCUGCCCUCGCACUCGCUCAACAUAUUGGCGCUAAAAUAUUUGCAACGGUAUUGGAAGUAGACGACAGAGAAAAUGUCGCAAGACAGUUUAGUCUCCAAGCCGAGAACAUCUUCUAUGAACAAGCUACGAACCUAAAGCAGAACCUUUUCCAGCUUACCAACCAAGCUGGCGUUGACGUGGUGCUAAAUUUCGUAAAGGAUACUUACAACGAGGAUUCCUUUGCGUGUGUUGCGAAAUGCGGCGCUUAUAUCCAUGUAGGGUAUCCAGGAGAAAGCGAAAGUGGCCCUGAGAGCUACACCUUCAAAUAUCGACCCAUGAACAACACAACCUUUUUCUCGUUUGAUCUAGGUAGUCUGAUGCAUACACGACCACAGAAAGUGGUAGAUCUUCUUCAAAAAUCCACUGCUUUACUGCAUCUAUCAGAAGAGCGUCUAGAUACUCAAAAUUACGUAUCGGUGGCUCCAGGAAAACUUCGCGAUGGCUUCAGAUUACUGUCAUCUCAAAAACACCUCAAUACCGUCAUAGUUGAAUCUGAUGAGCACAGUCAAGUACAAGUAAUCAAUAUGAACCAGCAUGCACAGAAACUUGAUAAAAUGACUUUUGAUUCAAACUCUACUUAUAUCAUCGCUGGUGGACUAGGUGAUCUCGGUCAGCGAAUUUGUGGAUUGAUGGCUCAAAGGGGCGCUAAGAGUAUUGUUAUUCUGUCUCGAAGAGUAGCUAAUAAUGACCUCAUGGAUUCCUUGAGAGCACGUCUUGGUGGUAUUUCACCAGGAUGUGGUUUACAUAGCAUUGUCUGCGAUAUUUCCUCUCCAUCGAUGGUUCGAAAUGCGGCUAGCACGAUCGAAAAGAUGAAUUUACCACCAGUGAAGGGGAUCGUUCAAUCGGCUACAGUGCUUCAGGACGUCAUCAUUGAACGAAUGACGCUUGAGAACUUUAUGACUCCUCUAGAGACAAAGCUAGAUGGAACGGCUUACCUUUUAGAUACGUUCAAAGAUGCUGAUUUGGACUUUUUCAUCAUGCUUUCAUCGCUCAGUGGUGUGAUUGGUACUAUGGGGCAAGCAAAUUAUGAUUCCGGUAACUUGUACCAAGACACCGUUGCGCAGAACCAAAAACUUUCUGGGACUCACAUCAUGACCUUGGAUCUGGGAUUGAUCAAAAACACCUCAGUUUAUGAUGGAGCUGACGGUGAAUUGAGAAUGCAGAAUCUCAUUCGCCAGGGAAUGAUCCCUGUGGAUCUUGAUGAGCUAGAUGCUGUUCUGGAUUACGCAUUAAGCCCACAGGCUCGGAAAGACCGUUGCAAACAAGUCGUCGUUGGCAUAGAUGGAGUGUCGAUAGCUCAAGCUGCGAAUUCUACACCAACAACACAGUCUGCAUCGUUUGUGCAUAUACGAAACACUGGUGAGAAAGUGGCGGAUCUGAAAGAAACUCAAAAUUCCGUCGAUAGGAAGCAAACUAUAAGCGAUGCAGCAUCACUAGCGGAAGCACAUUCAAUUUUGGAAGAGGCAAUAGUUCAAAGAGUUUCUCAUCUGAUAUCGUUAGAUUCUAGUAAGAUUGGGCUGGACACAUCUCUUGUGGAUUUUGGUCUGGAUUCGUUGACGGCGAUUGAGCUCAAAAAUUGGAUUGGAAACGAGUUUGGUGCUGCCAUCCAAGCAUCAGAAAUUCUAGACGAGCGUAGUGUCUCGUCUCUGGCCGUGAGAAUUGCAGCUAGGUCCUCGCUUUUACAUUCAAAUUCAAAUAUUACGAGUGAAGCUCCCGUCGUCGUCAAUGGCCAUGGCACCAAUCCUGGGAAUAACUCUCCUUCAUUCAAGGUCCUGCCCGUUCCAGAUCUUUCCAGCUCGCUUGAAUUACAUCUGGCGUCUGUACGAAUGUUUAUUUCAGAAACUCAACUAUCCCAAACUGUUUCCGUAAUCCAAGAAUUCAUCAAUGGCUCUGGAGCUGAAUUACAAAAACGACUGAUCGAACAGCGAAAAGAGACGGAGAAUUGGCCACAUGCUAAAUUGUAUCUCCGAUCCCGAAAACCUUUGAACCCAUAUAGCAUAUUUUAUGGAACUCACGUCUCAAGUACUAUUGCGCAUAGCCAAGCCGAACGUGCGGCAAUCAUUUCCCUAUCAGCGUGGAAUUUUAAACAACGCAUGGAUACAAAUAAUCUGGAACAGGAUUACUUGAAUGAGGAGCCUCUUUGCAUGGAUUCUUUGAAAUGGAUCUUUAAUGCUAAUCGCAUACCUCAAAUAACCAUGGACAAAAUGCGCAAGCAUGCAGAUAAUGAUUAUUUCGUUGUGCUCAGAAGAGGUCAUGUUUUCAAGGUGAGGCUUGCCAAAAACAUGAGCCAAGAAUCUACAUAUCUGUUGUUGUUGAAGACUUUCUUGACAAUCUUGCGCCUUUCAGAGGAGAAGAUACCAGCAGUGGCGACCUUGACUGCAGAUGAACGCGACUCAUGGGCCGAGCUAAGGGAAAUGGUGAAAGGAAUUAGCCCUAGCAACAGCGCAGCGCUCGAAGAUAUUGAGGCAUCAACAUUUGUGAUGUGUCUCGAUGAUGGAUCCCCCGAAACCCCAACGGAACGCUGUAACCAAUUUCUUUACAGCCCAUCCAACAGAUGGAGCGAUAAAUCAUUUCAAUUUGUAGUAUGCGAGAAUGGAACUUCGGGGUUCAUCUGCGAGCACACAAUGUUAGAUGCCGCAUCCUCGGCCCAAAUCAACAAUUUUGUAACGCAAUAUAUUAUGGACUACCGACCAAAAGCUCAUAGCGAUGAACAUGCAAAUGUGCAGAUAGAUGAACUUCUGGAAGAGAUAUCAUUCGGAACUAAUUCGACAAUCGAGAAAGAAAUCCAGCGUGUUGAAGAUAACUUUGGACAAGUCCACGACCAACCCGCGACUUAUAUACAGUUCUACAUUUCCACGCUGGGUAAAAAGUUUCUCCAGUCAUUCAAGAUUCCACAUAGAGCCGGCUGUCACUUGGUUAUUCAACUCGCUUCGCUGUUCCAUUUUGGCAAACAAUAUCCGUGCUGGGAGGCACUCACAACUAUGUUCUUUCGUCUCGGGCGUGUAGACUGGAUGCAAGUUGUCUCACCAGCCAUGUACGAAUUUUGCGCCUCGGUAGCCGAGAAUCAAAAAUCCGCAACGGAGCUGAAAGCAUUACUGCGAGAAGCGGCGAGUGUACACAGCAGUACAAUGACAAAGAAUGGACGAGGUUUAGGGUUCCUGGCACAUUUCCAUGCCUUGGAAGGAAUGAUUGCUGAAGACGAACCUAUUCCUGCCUUCUUCGAAGAUCCCACCUGGAAGAUGGCUUGGAAGUGGGCUACCAAGAAGAUCAAAACAGAUUCUGCUGCGGGUUUUAUAUAUCAGGAAGCUGGGUAUUUGAUGCCAGAUCCAGAGUCUUUUCUGGUGCAUUACGAGGUGGAAGAUGAGCGGUGCUUCUUUUGGAUUCAGGGUACAGGGGAUCAUCCUAGGCGAUUUCAGGAGGCUUUGGAACGUGCUGCGGUGGUUGUGAGGAAUUUGCUUGAGAUGUGA